UGGCAAAGUUCAACGCUCACCUCAACAUCUUGGGUGGUCCAUCUGUCGACAAGCCGUCCAACCAUGUCAUCAGGUGACGCCGACGUUUUAUCGGAGCUACUGAUCGCCCAGUUGUUGGAUGAUGACGUCCAGACGAUGAUCGGAUUUCAGGCGGCACAGAAAGCACAGCUAGCAGAGAUAAUCACCGACUCUGCCCCUGGCAAAGGGAAGGCUCCUCAGAGGGAGGAAUCGGAUGAAGAGAUGCUGUGUGAUGACAACGAUCUUGCGAUCCAGCUAUUCGCAGAAACUGUACGCCUCAGUCGAGACGCGGCACUGGCACAAUCCCUACAACAUUCCCAUAAUGCAAGCGCUACUGCAGAUCUGCAGUAUGCCCAACAGCUCGUCGCAGCAGACAAGAAGUUAUUGCUUGAUUCCGAGUUUGCACGGCGGCUACAGGAGGCGACUGACCGUGGCGAUAAUGACAUUGAUACUGCAAACUUCAGGGAUGCGGAAAGUGUGCUUGGUCCGGAAGUAAUCGAACAACUUCUGGCUCCCGAUCCUAAUGACAAGGGGAAGGGUAAAGGCAAGCGUCGGUUGUCGAGUCCUGCGGACGAGGAAGAAUUGCCUCGCGCAAAACAUCAAAGAACUGAACAUCCCAGCAGUCCAGAAGUGAUAGUCAUCAGCGACGACGAAUGCAAUGAUACAGACCCUCUAUACCCGACCUGCGGAAUUUGCCUUGAAACAUUCAGGGCGACACACUCUCCACUCAAAGCCUCCGCUUCUGCUAAUUCUUCGUCGCGUCUUCCUUUUGGGCUCCGCCUUCCGUGUCCCGGCUCACACGCAUACUGCCUCGAUUGCUUGAGCAAACAUAUACGGAGCAAGCUUGACCCUAAUGACGAUAACUCUGGUAAUCCUGAAACUGUUGUCUUCCCUAUUCGGUGUCCAGAAUGCUCCCUCACGGAGUGGGCAGAUGGGAUACCUGAUGAGAUUGCAGAGCGCAUCCUGCCGCAGACAGACAUGGUUAUGUGGUAUCAUCAGAAGUUGCUGGACAGCAUUCCUCGCUACUACUGUCCGAACCCUCGUUGCUCUGCCAUUGUAGAAGCACACGAUGACGAGGAUGCGCCACAAGCAACUUGCCCUGUGUGUUCGACCGCAAUAUGUGUACCAUGUAAAGUGUUAUGGCAUGAGGGCUUCUCUUGCGAAGAAUAUCAGGCCUUACCCGAAGAUGAAAGAUCCCCCGAGGACCAGCAGACCUUGCAGCUCAUGAAGGCACAGCAAUGGCGUAGAUGCCCGAAGUGCUCGUUCAUCAUAGAGCUGACGGUCGGCUGCUAUCAUAUGACCUGCCGCUGUAGGACGGAAUUCUGCUUCCAUUGUGGAUCCCUUUGGGAUGUUAGAAGAGGAAGAUGCUCCCGCGGGCCUGCCUGUGAGUUCUGGGACGAGGAGAUGCUGCUCGACGAAGCUGCGCGACGUGACGAGCAGGCACUUGUCCGACCUUUCCUACCACCGGCGAUACCGCAAGUGCCGCGACGAUCACCCUCACCCAGAUUGGUACCAAUGCCGCGACGCCCAAGAAGGCCACCUACACUUCUGAACAGGCCACGAGCGCCUCCACCACCGUAUGCACCAGGGCUAGUGAGACGAGUACCACCGCCGACAGCACCGUUCCGGCCUGUCACGCUGCCGCCACCAGCAGGACACUCGCCGUUUGGUUUCAGCACCCUCGCUGGUGCCAUCCGCAGUGCCUUUGCUACCACCAACAGCACCCUCGCUGCCAACGCCCCCGCCAACGGUAUGAUACCGCCGGUAGUGCCAACACCAGCGGCGCCACUACCAGGGCCAUCGACGCCGCGAGCAGCAGCAACGACAGCAACGCUGUGGACAUUCCGGCCAGCUCUAAACAGGCGAUCAUCGCGGCGGCACUCUGCGCCCUCACCCUCCCCAAAUCGCAUCCUACGCCCGCCACCGCCAGCAGCAGCGGCACGACCGCCGCCAUCGCCAGCUGUACCACUAUCGCUGCCGUCACCACGACCGCAGCCAGAUACAUCUGUGGAACAAGCUGCACCCGCCGUUGUCAACAGUGCCUCGGAAACAUAUACAUUUACUUGGAUAGAAGACAAUCAAACGGGAAAUCGGAGGCAUACGUUCUCCAAAAGGAUGGUUCACAGGCGUGUAUGUGGAUAUUGCAAGGUGCAGUGCGCCUCUAUCGCCGACCUGCAAGAUCACCUGCGUGAGUCACAGCAUGCGGUGUAUGCUUGUUGUGGCCGGUUCUUCAAGCAGGCAGAGGACCUGGAACGACACAGUCGUAGACGCCGUGUCAAACAUCAUCACCGUGUGCAAAAAGAUGGCUAGCGAAGCCGACCACAGUUCAUUUGUCCUGUAUCAUAGUCGUAUAACGUGAAUGGACAGUUGAAGCUCCGUGGUUCUGCG